AUGAGGAGCGGGCGCGGCGGCCGGCGGUGCCUGGGCGGGGAGCCGGGUGCGUGCGCCAUGAACCCCGAGCUGGCGAUGGAGCCGCUGGGCAGCCUGCACGGGGCGGCGGGGCACGAGCCGGAGCUGAUGGGCAGCCCCAGCCCGCACCACGGCGGGCGCGGCGCGGGGCCGCUCCGGGUGCCGCCCCCGCCGCCGCCGCCGCCGCCGCACCAGGAGCUGCCCCCCGCCGCCCGGCCCACCAUGGUGCCCAGCAUGGCCUCGCUGCUGGACGGCGCCGCCGAGUACCGGCCCGAGCUGUCCAUCCCGCUGCACCACGCCAUGAGCGUGCCCUGCGAGGCCUCGCCGCCCGGCAUGGGCAUGAGCGGCACCUACACCACGCUGACGCCGCUCCAGCCCCUGCCGCCCAUCUCCGCCGUCUCCGACAAGUUCCACCACCCGCACGCCCACCCGCACGCCCACCACCAUCACCACCACCACCAGCGCCUGCCGGGCGGCGCCGGCGGCGGCUUCGCGCUGAUGCGGGACGAGCGCGGGCUGCCGGCCGUGAACAGCCUGUACGGGCCCUACAAGGAGGUGCCGGCCGUGGGGCAGAGCCUCUCGCCGCUGGGCAACGGGCUGGGCCCGCUGCCGGGCGCCCAGCAGGGCCUGCACGGCUACGGCCCGCCGGGCCCCGACAAGAUGCUGAGCCCCAACUUCGAGGCGCACGCCGCGAUGCUGGCGCGGGGGGAGCAGCCGCUGCCCCGCGGGCUGGGGACACCCCCGACCAUGCUGCCGCCGCUGAACGGCGCGCAUCACCCCGCGCCCCCCGGCCCGCCGCCCCCGCACGGCCCCGCGCUGCCCCCCGGCCGCGACCGCCCGCCCCCCGCCAACGGCCCGCAGGGGAGCGGCGCGGGGCAGCUGGAGGAGAUCAACACCAAGGAGGUGGCACAAAGGAUCACGGCGGAGCUGAAGCGCUACAGCAUCCCCCAGGCCAUCUUCGCCCAGCGGGUGCUAUGCCGUUCCCAGGGGACCCUCUCGGACUUGCUGCGGAACCCCAAGCCUUGGAGUAAACUCAAGUCCGGCCGGGAGACGUUCCGCAGGAUGUGGAAGUGGCUGCAGGAGCCGGAGUUCCAGAGGAUGUCGGCCCUGCGGCUCGCAGCCUGCAAACGCAAAGAGCAAGAGCCCAGCAAGGAGCGGAACAACUCCCAGAAGAAAUCCCGCCUGGUCUUCACGGACCUGCAGCGCCGAACGCUCUUUGCCAUCUUCAAGGAGAACAAGCGCCCCUCCAAGGAAAUGCAGAUCACCAUCUCCCAGCAGCUGGGCCUGGAGCUCACCACCGUCAGCAACUUCUUCAUGAACGCCCGCCGGCGCAGCCUGGAGAAGUGGCAGGACGACCUGAGCUCCGGGGGCUCCUCCUCGGCCCCCGGCACCUGCCCCAAGGCCUGAGGGCACGGCUGGCACGGCGCGGCACGGCCGGCACGGCGUGGCAGAGAGAGCGGCUUCCCACAGGGCCCUGCACCGGUGACUUCGAAAGCACAAUCCUCCCACCACCACCCCAGCCCAGCCGUCCCCGAGGACCUUCCCACGGCUCCCCGUCAGUCCCAGCAGGCGCGAGUUCCACGUCCACCUCCCACCUCCCUCUGGACAAUGCAAAGCUCAGGACAGGCGAAGCAGGUCUGAGGCGCAGGGGAGCCAUGCCCGAGGCGAGUUUCUCCUGAGCCCGCGUUCCCCCGGCCGGCGGGAGCUCCUGCCGUGUGCUGGCCACACCGCCCCGCGAGAACGGAGCACAAAGUCUGGCACCGAAGAACCCAAGAGCCCGGUUUUAAACUCAGGCAUGGUUUUUGUUAAGUGUUUUAUGGAGAAAAAGAAAAGAUCCAAUUUCAGUUUUUGUUUGUUUCCUUAGUUUAACUUAAUCAGCUUGUUCUUGGAUCAGACAAAUUCAGUUCCCUCGAGCUCAAAGUAUCAAGCACAAAGCCGUAGCUCCAGCGCCGGGCCCGGCCCUGGGCUCCUGGCUGUGCCAGCUGCAGCCUGGCAUCCCGGGAACGCCGCGGACACCACCACCACCCCAAGCACAGCUGUCAGUUCCUCCCAAGGUCUGUGUUUGUACCUCAUGCACACUCAGGAGGUCGAUGGAACUGCUACAGUACGUGGAGCAAACACAAUGUUUUGAAAUAUUUAGAUUUUUUUUAGGUCAUUAUUACAUCCCUUUUGGUUUCCCAGAAUCUGGUUUGUCCUCGGCAACGUCCUCGUUACCGAAACCUUUUUAAUGUUCGAGGUAUUUCUGUUCAUUUUUUCAGUAUUUUAUGGUACUUUCAAGCAGGAAAGAAACAGAAACAAGCCCUCCAGAUGCCACUGAUCAUUUCAGACGUGCCGCAUCUACUCCAUUGCAUCCCCAAUUCCUUUUCCCCGCCUGCUGCCCGAGCCGGCGGGAACACAGCACACCAAAGAGACAGGAUUUCUGCAAGCCAAAGAUGUUUAUAACCUGCCAUUCCUCCUCACCAUGGCUGGUGUGGGUGGUCGGGUGGCGCUGGGGAAGCCUCCCGAGCUGCGAGCCC